AUGGAAUCAGCCAUCAUUGAUUGGGUGAAUGAAGCACUCGAGGAUCAGCAACCAAACAAUCUCAUCAAUCAGCUCGAUGAUAAGUUCUACAAGCUCAUUUCAAAUAUAAACGAAAAAAUUCAGUCCAUCGACUACGAUAAAUCUCAGUUAGAUGACCUCAAUCGUUUGGCUGUUGAGUUGCAAUCGCAGUUAUCUCAUUUACGUAAAGAUUUGCGCUCUCUACCUACAGACGAUGUACACCUAUCUAAACUAAACACUCUCUCGCGUCUGCACUCCGAGUUACUGACACAAACUGAAAAUCUUCGCAACUCAUUCAUUUGA